AUGCUACGGGCAGCGCACUGGCUGCCUGGGGCGGUACGUGCGUUCCGCACGCGCGCCACGGCGCGUGCGGCGCAGCGCGAGUACGAUAGAGAGAUGCGGCAUGUGUAUCAGCCGCCGGACGUGCUCCUGCAGGGUGUGCACCCGGAAAAGAAACGCGCGCGGGGGAAACGGACCAAGCUGCGGACCGUAUCCGAUGCCGUGGACCGCGCAGGGAGCGUGUGGGUGGGCGUAGAGAAGGCCGCAGAGGACGAGGUGGACGAGGCGCGUGUGGACGAGCCGUUCCUCGCCGACGAGGCCGGCGCGCCGAGUGCACCGCCCGACGCGCUCGCCGACGCGUGGGCCGACACGUUUGUCGAGGGUGACGCGGACGUCGACUAUGGCGAGCAGAGUGCGGGCGGAGAGGAGCCCGCAACGCAGCGCACAGGGCACGACGAGGUGGAUGCGGCCGCGCCGAGGGAGCGCGCCGUGCCGGUCGCGCCAAACGAUACCCAGCCGUACGCCAAAAGCGCAGACGCACGCGAGGCGCGCGAGGCACAGCGGCGUGUGCACGCAAGCGACACUUCCGACGCACCCACACACAGCACGGCCGCACUCGAUACACACGCGCACAUCGACGCCUUGGCGUCGCUCGACGCGCCGCUCGACGAUGUCCCUUUUUCUGUGCACGACGUCGCGGAUAUCCCUGCCGCGCCGGGCGCCGACUGGGACGCGCACGCCGCCGAGCCGCCUGCCGCGCUGCUCGACGCGCUCGCCGACACGAGCGAGCCGGACUGGGCCGAUACCAUCCCGGACGAGGUGCUUGCGCUGUUCCUCGCCGAGGCGCGCGGCGACCUCGGCGCGCCGAGUGCGGCGCUCGAAGCAUCGGUCGCCGCGCGGCACACGCCCCCGGCCGCCUUGGUCGCUGCGCCGCGCACUGCGCCGCUGCGUGGUGUGCACGACGUGUACGACUGGCGCACGAUUGCCACCUCGCAGCAAACCACCCCCUCGUUCUUUCCCCGCUGGGACGCGCGGCAGUGGGUGUGGGUGCGCAAGUGGCCGACGCUGUCGCUGCUGCUACGCUCUGCGCAUGCAGCUGUCCAUGCGGUGCUUGGCGCGCUGCGCACGCCGAGCUUUCACGCGGCCAUGGCCAUUGCAGCGCGGCGCUACCAAAACCACUGGCGCGCGGUUCUUGCGCUGGAGCGCGAGCACGCCGAGGCCGAGCUCGCCGAGGUGCGCAAGCGCCCGGUCCAGGAGCUUGUUGCACUCGGUAUUGCGCUCGAUGGUAUGCAGGCCUACUGGCAGACAGAGCGGCACUAUGGGCGCCGCGUCGGCGUGUUCAAGCUGCCAGGCUCAAAGCGCCUGCCGCGGCACAAGCUCAUGCCGGGGUCGGUCGUGACGAUGCACCCGGUCGACGCGCAGCCGGGCUGGUACAAGCCCAAGGCGGACCAGCAGAGCCAGGCGCUCUCGAUGCUCGACCGGCUUGUCGCGCCGCUGCCGACCAAGACGGACCCCCAUGCGAUUCCCGUGAUUAGCGGCGAGCUGGUCGACGGGAACGCGACGCGCGUGCGCAUCCGCUUCAGCGAGGCGUACGAGCACGUCGACCUCGCCGCGUACGACUGGCGCCUGGACCGCGGCGAGAACGACGUGGUGAACGAACGCACGGAAAAGGCGCUCGAUGCGCUCAUGUACGACCCCGACGACGUGGCGCGCGCAAGCACGUCGCGGCGGAUGUAUGCGCUGUCCGGCACGCCGCUGCGUGAUGUGCUGCUGCCGCUCCCGCCGCCGCUGCGGCAGACGCCUGCCGAAGGGCUCUUUUCGCGCGACACGCGCAUCCGCUCGUGGUACGAGCGGCACAGCCUGCCGCGCCCGCUUGCAAUGGAUGGCGACCCCGACCUCGGCCUGAAUGCGAGCCAGACGCGCGCCGUUGCCAUGAUGCUUAAAGAGCCGCUGAGCCUCGUGCAAGGGCCGCCCGGCACCGGCAAAACGCGCACGCUGGUCAAGGCCGUGUCGCUGCUGAAGCAGCACUUUCAAGUGCCGCACCCCAUCCUCCUGGCGGCGCACACAAACGUCGCGGUGGACAAUUUGGCCGCGGGAUGCCGCAAGCACGGCCUCAAGAUCGUGCGUGCGGGCUCCUCGGCCGCCGUACAUCCGUCGCUGGCCGACGAGACGCUCGAGGCGCACACCGCCAAGCACCCCAAGUACGCCCAGCUCAUGGACGAGCAGGCGGAGCUCAAGCGGCUGCAGCUCGAGCGUGCCGCGCUCGACGCGGAGCUGGCCGAGCGCCGGCGCACGCACGCGGCCACCGGCACGAGCGACCCCCGCAUGGGCGUUUUGCGCACGGCCCUCGGCAACCUCCGCCGCAAGAUUGGGCGGGUGGUCGCCAAGAGCCAUGUGCUGCGCAGCGAGAUCACCGCGAGUGUCUUGCACGAUGCCGACGUCGUGUGUGCCACAGCGAUCAGCGCCGGAUCGCGGCAGCUCGACAUGAUUGACUUUCCGAUCGUGUUUGUUGACGAAGGCUCGAUGGCGACCGAGCCCAUCGCGCUGAUUCCCCUGAUGAAGGGGUGUGCACAGCUCGCACUGAUCGGCGACCACAAGCAGCUGCCGCCGGUCCUGCGCAGCAUGGAUGCGAAGCGCGGCGGCCUGUCGACGUCGCUCUUUGAGCGCCUGAUGCACCAAGGCACGCCGGAGGCCGCGACGCCCGACGCGCAGCGCCGCCCCCGCAUUCCGUCGGUGCUGCUGGACGAGCAGUUCCGUAUGCAUCCCACGCUCGCCGCGUUCCCCAACGCGGCGUUUUACAGCGGCGCGCUGCGCGACGCACCGAGCACCUCGGCCCGUACGCCGCUCGCGAGUGCGUACGCGGCGACGCGCCCUGACGGCACACCGAGCCCCGUGACGCUUGUCGCGCACGGCCCGGUCGCUGCGAGCACCGCGUCGGCGGGCGGCGUGCUGAGCAGCGUGUCGCCGUACAAUGUUCCCCAAGCCGACCUUGCGCUGGCGCUAUUGUGCGACCUGCUUGUGCGCAAUCCCACGCUGCGUGGCGACGAGAUCGGUAUCGUGACGCCGUACGAGGCGCAGGUCCGCCUGCUGCAGCGCAUGCUCGCGGCCGGUGCGCCCGCGCACGCGGUCCUGCCUGGCGAAGAGAGCCUGCCGCAUCUAAGCGAGCACGCCGUGCAUACGCUCGCCGCCGCCGAUCCCCAGCGUGCCGCGGAGCUCGCUGCGAUUGAGGUGCACACGGUCGACGGUUUCGAGGGCCGCGAGAAGCCCGUGAUGCUCUUUUCUACGGUCAAGUCGGGCGGCGGCGCGCUGCGCGGCACCGCGGCGCUCCACGCGGCGCUUGCUUCGCCGAGCUGGGCGAGUGUCGCGCCGCUGGCCGACCUGCCGACGCAGCGCGGCGGCUACGUGGGCUUCCUCGCCGAUACGCGCCGCCUGAAUGUCGCGCUGACGCGUGCGCAGUGCCAGCUCUUUUUGCUCGGCAACCUCGACACGCUGCUCUCGGCGCGGCUCGGAAGCAGCGGCGAGCAGGCGGUGGAGCACAGCGAUGUGCACGCGAUCCGCAAGUACGCGCGAUGGCUCCUUGCGCAGGACUACGUGCUGGACGUGGACGUGAUCCAUGAGCGACUGUUGGAGGAAGCGGUGGAUUCCAUACAGCUAUAG